AUGAAACCGGAUGGCACAGCUACGUUGCUGAUUCCGCAGUGUACCAUGGAUGAUGAGGGCAUUUAUCGAGUAAUUGCCACUAAUCCAUCUGGAUCUGCCCACGACAAAGGCAAUGCCACGGUCAAACGUGCUCCUCGUGAUGCCGAUCGUCGUGUGCCUACAGACGAGUUUGAUGCCAAUAAGGUGCCACGAUUACUGGAGCCAUUGGAGAAUGUCAAGGUACCCGAGAAACAACCGUUCCGUCUACGAUGCAAGUUUGGCGGUGAAAAGUUAUCAAUCAAAUGGUUUAAGGAUGGUGAAAGAGUGUUCCCGUAUGGAAGACUACAACUGAUUGAAUCCCCCGAUGGCGAGUGCGAGUUGGUAGUUCAAUCAGCUAGUCGACAAGAUGCCGGUUGCUAUCGAUGCGUUGCUGAGAACGUCUAUGGAUCAGCCAGAACAAAUUGUGAAGUGUUUGUCAUC